AUGUCAGCGACGGUUGUUAACGCGGAAGAUCAAUUACUGAUCAAUAAGUUCGCCAGACUUUAUCAAGAACAAACUCAACUAAAAAUCGAUAUUAAAACCGCGGAAAACGAAGUGGCCAACAUCAACGAGGCUGGAGAUGAGAUUCUUUUGCUCGAUGACGCUGACGCCGCUUCAAUUCCUCUUCAAAUCGGUUUAACCUUCAUCCACUUCGAUUCGGACACUUUGAAUGACCGAUUGGAAAAACUCAAAAGUGAAGCCGAAGAGGUUUUGGGUGUUAAGAAAGCACGAAUUGAUCAAGUUAGUAGCGAAAUGGAUAAUAUUCGAAAAGUUCUUUAUGGAAAAUUUGGCGAUCGUAUUAAUCUCGAAUCAGAAAAGGAUGAAUAA